AUGCGCCUGCAUGUUGAGAUACCAUUGCUAGCCAGUGUCCUCGCAAAUGCCCUCGCCAGCGAGACAGGUCGCGAUGCGGCGGAGAGGCCGCUAAGUCCCCUCGCGCAGUCGAUCAUUUCUAUGACCUUGUCCUCGGCCGGGAACCCGACCGUCAUGCGCCGCGAUGUCUCCGGCCACGGCCAGGUCGACGGCCAGGAGAAGUUUGCACAUGCCCGCGAGCAGCAGCCAGCGGAACUGCCAAGCCUUAGCAGUGUGGAGGGCAAG